AUGGCCCAGGAACAGCAAAAACGAAACAUUGUCAUAAUCGGCGGUGGAAUAAUAGGCUCCACGACCGCCUACUUCCUAUCCCACCAUGAGAAGUUCAACCGCGAAAGAGAUAGCAUAACCCUUCUGGAGGCGACCAAGAUCGCCGGCGGGGCAUCAGGCAAAGCAGGUGGUCUUUUAGCGAAAUGGGCCUACCCAAGCUGCAUAGUGCCUCUAAGCUACCGCCUGCACCAAGAGCUCGCAUCAACCCACGCCGGCUCCUCACGCUGGGACUACCGCGGCGUGAACUGCGGCCAGCUCGACACGAAAGGUCGCCCGCCAUCCAAGACGCCCAACAACGCACUCAACCUCAACAAGGAUUCCGUCUCGCUGCAGAAGCGGUCCGAGAAGGCGCUCGGCCUGCUGCGCGCCGCGGGAGUGCCCGACGACCUCGACUGGGUGCAGGCGGACGGCAUCGCCGCGUACGAUGAGAUGGGCGAUCCUAGCACGACGGCGCAGGUGCAUCCGUUUAAGUUUACGACGUCCAUGGCUGAUCUGGCUGAGGAGAAGGGCGUGAAGGUCGUGUUUGGCUCUGCGAAGGAAGUGCUGCAAUCGUCCUCCACGGGUAGUGUCGAAGGUGUAAAGUACACCGACAAAGCGACCGGCGAGGAAAAGACCCUCGAAGCCGAUACCGUAGUACUCACAGCCGGACCAUGGACUCCAAUUGUUUGGCCGAAAGCGCCUAUCUCGGCGCUCAGAGCACACUCCGUCACGAUUACGCCUUCUAGGCCCGUCUCUGCGUACGCGCUGUUUACGAGCAUCGAUCUGCCCAAGGCGGGUGGGAAGAGGAGUCAUACGGUGACGCCGGAGAUCUACGCAAGACCUAACAACGAGGUGUAUGCUUGCGGCGAGGGGGACCAGUACGUUCCGCUACCCGCAUCGACGGAUCUCGUCGAGGUCGAUGAGGGCAGGUGUCAGGAUAUUGUGGAUCAGGUCACGAGUAUUUCUGAGGAGCUGAGAGAUGGCGAGGUCACGGUGAGGCAGGCGUGUUACUUGCCGAACGCGACGAGGGGUGGUGGUCCGUAUAUUGGGGAGACGAAGACGAAGGGCUUGUUUAUAGGGGCGGGGCAUACGUGUUGGGGCAUACAGAAUGCACCAGGAACAGGGAAAGUUCUUAGCGAAAUGAUUUGGGAUGGGAAGGCGAAGAGUGCAGAUUUGAGCAGUUUGGACCCGAAGAGGUUCAUGUAA